GUGAUAAGCUGAGCCAGAGCUGUGUGGGGCCAGUGGGAGGGAGAGUGUUCUGGGAGUCUGCUAGGGGACCUGACAGAAUACAGGGAGAAACUAUCCCACUAGCUGAUAUACUGUAGCUGCUCCACACACACUGCUCGACACAGACAGAGAGAGAAGGAGAGAGGUGGAGGCAGAGACAGAGGAAGAGACAGCUGUGGAGUGAGAUAGAGAGAACUGCAGGAAGAGACCAAGAGAGAGAUAGAGAGAUUUAGAAUUUGACAGACAGAGAAUUAGAAAGAGGGAAAGGAGGCACACACAGCACUCACCCUCCACUGACCCCUCGUCUUACCCUCGACUCACCCCUUAUCUCCCCACUUACAACAACCUGAGGCAGAGACACACAGCUCUACUAGCGCAGAGAUGAGAUGACUGGACACACACUAACACACACAUUUUCUCUCUGUUGAAAGAAGACCAGAAUACACACUUUCUUUUUGUUUUCUGUCUUCAGCUCCUGCUCUCGUUCUUGGCCAGGAAAAAAAGGAUUACAGUUUAUUUCUUCAGCACAGUCUUUAUUCUCCAAAAGCCCCGAGUCACGUUGGACAAUUUGGAUACGUUCCUCUUUUCUUUCUCCCUCCAAGAGCACAGAGCAACAUGGCACAGGGACAAAAGAACCACAGCAACAGCAAGCAACAGCGGGCACAACUACUCACUAACCCCUUCUCCACCAUGGCACUGUCCCUCUCCAUGUCCUUCUUCCUCCUCCUCCUCUUCCUCACCUCCCCUGCCUCAACCGCCGACGAAUACGACUACUACAGCUGGCAAUCAGACAACUUCCACAACGGUCGUUUCUACACAAAGCAGCCGCAGUGUGUGGACAUCCCCUCCGAUUUACGCCUCUGUCACAACGUGGGCUACAAGAAGAUGCGCCUCCCCAACCUGCUGGACCACGAGACCAUGCCGGAGGUCAAACAGCAGGCGGGUAGCUGGGUGCCGCUCCUCGCCAAGCGGUGCCACGCAGAUACACAGGUGUUCCUGUGUUCCCUUUUCGCCCCGGUGUGUCUGGACAGGCCCAUCUACCCGUGUCGCUCGCUGUGUGAGGCCGUGAGGGAUAGCUGUGCCCCAGUUAUGGAAACCUACGGGUUCCCUUGGCCAGAGAUGUUGACCUGUGAUAAGUUUCCUAUUGAUAAUGAUCUGUGUAUCCCCAUGCAGUUUGCUGGGAACCAGGCCACCCCGGCUCCAGCAUCUAAAGCCUGCCCUCCAUGUGACAACGAACUGAAAGCUGACACCAUUAUGGAACAUUACUGUGCCAGUGACUUUGCUAUCAAGAUGAAGAUCAAAGAAGUGAAGAAAGAGAAGGGCGACCGUAAACUCAUCGCUGCCCAGAAGAAGAAGAAGGUGCUCAAGAUGGGUGUCCUGCGUAAGAAGGACUUGAAGAAGCUGACACUGUACAUAAAGAACGGAGCCAACUGCCCCUGUGCUCAGCUCGACAGUCUUGGCAGUAACUUCCUCAUCAUGGGUCGUAAGGUGGACCAGCAGCUGCUGCUCAUGUCCAUCCACAAAUGGGAGAAGAAAAGCAAGGAGUUGAAGUUCGCCAUCAAGUAUAUGAAGAGUCAUCAGUGUCCCACCUAUCAUACUGUCUUCCAGUGACCUUAGUGAUACAACAAUCCCAACCCUACUCCCAGUCUUCCCCAGUUGUCUCCCCCUCUCCCGUCUAUCCUUCCAUUGUCCUACCUAUCAUACUGUUUUGCUGUGACACUGUGGAGAUGUAUCCUUCAUAUCCAGUGGUUUUGUGAUGCCUGUAGAAGUGGGUAUACUCUAAUUCUGCCAAAAAUAUUCCCAAAUGGCCUGCCCGUCAAAGGAAA